AUAAAUGCAUGGCCGGCUUCCACAAAAAAAAUAAAAUACUGGACAGCGGACCCUGAACUAAACAAUUUAAACAAAAUUUAGUUGGAAUCUCCGCCUUGCAAAUUCCGAGACAGCCAUUAUCCGCCGUGUACACGCCGGAGCUGACGCCAAAACAACUACUCUCCUCCGUGUACUCGUCGGAGCUGCCGCAAACACAACUGCUCCCCGCCGUGUACUCGACGGAGCUGCAGCAAACACAACUACUCUCCUCCGUACACAACUACUUUCUUCCGAUGGACAGCUCGAAUUCAUCGACAUCAAUCGAUUCAAAUAGCGGAUUCUGCUCAAAUACAAAAACUUUCUACAGUCUCCGACCACCACUAGUACUUCCUCCACAAUCUUCUCCUCUCUCAGCUGCUUCCUACGCACUCUCUCUUCAACAGAAUACUUCUCCGUGGCCCGAUGCCACCGCCUUCAUCGACUCAUUCACCGGUCGCCGCAUUUCCUUCUUCGAUUUCCAGCAACGUGUAGUUUGCUUAGCUUCCUCGAUACAGAAAAUGUACCGUCUUUCCAAAAACGACGUCGCUUUUGUUAUCUCUCCGAAUUCAGCUCAAGUUCCGGUUCUAUACUUUUCUCUUCUGUACCUCGGUGUUGUAAUUUGUCCCGCUAAUUCACUCAGCACGGAGUAUGAACUUUCGCGGCAGAUUAAGUUAACGAAGCCUGUUAUCGCGUUUGCUACAUCGAGAAACUUCCAGAAGCUUCCAAAGUUGAAACAUCCAGCUGUUCUAAUCGAUUCAACGGAGUUUGAAUCGAUGAUGACGAACAGAGGAUUGAAACUGGAAUCGGUGGAAGUGAAUCAAUCUGAUUUGGCAGCGAUUAUGUAUUCGUCGGGGACUACAGGGGAGGUAAAAGGAGUGAAGCUUACUCACCGGAAUUUCAUAGCAAUAAUUGCUAAUUACCAUGCUCAGAGAAAAAAAAGGGAAUCGCCAGCGGUGGUAUUGUAUACAGUGCCAUUUUUUCAUGUGUUUGGUUUUCACUGUGUGUUGAAAUCGGUUGCGUUGACGGAGACAGUAGUGGUGAUGGAGAGAUUUGAUAUGAAGAAAAUGUUGAAAACUGUGGAAGAUUUUAGGGUGACUCAGUUGUUGGCGGCUCCGCCGAUUGUGGUGGUGAUGGCUAAAGGAAGUGUUACUGAUGACUAUGAUUUGAGCUCAUUGGAGAAUGUUGGCUCAGGCGGCGCGCCACUUGGGAAAGAGGUGAUGCAAGCAUUUGCAGACAAAUUUCCAAAGACUAUAUUAUAUCAAGGAUAUGGACUAACUGAAACGAGCGGGGCCGCAUUUCGAGCUGCAACUACUGAAGAAAUGCUUCAUCGAGGUUCUGUAGGAAGGUUACUGGCAAAUUCUGAAGCAAAAAUUGUAGAUCCGGACACUGGGAUUGGUCUGCCUCCUGGUGAGCAAGGAGAGCUCUGGUUCAAAAGCCCAACCAUUAUGCAAGGUUACAUUGGUGAUCCGAAGGCAACUGCAGAAACUCUGAUGCCAGGUGGGUGGUUGAGGACUGGUGAUCUUUGUUAUAUUGAUCAUCAGGGGUACCUUUUUGUUGUAGACAGGCUGAAAGAACUAAUCAAAUAUAAAGGAUACCAGGUUGCUCCUGCUGAACUAGAACAACUUCUUCAGUCUCACCCAGAAAUAUUAGAUGCUGCUGUCAUACCAUAUCCUGAUGAAGAAGCUGGUCAAUUGCCCAUGGCGUUUGUUGUGAGACGUCCCCAAAGCACUCUUGACAAGGAACAAGUGAUUGACUUUAUUUCAAAACAGGUUGCUCCAUAUAAGAAGAUAAGGCGUGUGGCAUUUGUUAGCUCCAUACCUAAAAGUCCAUCUGGGAAGAUAUUGAGAAAAGAAUUAAAAAAGAUUCAUUUACCAGAAUCUAAGUUGUAAUCAGGGUCCUUUCAAGUGUUUUUGUUUAUACAUUAUUUAAAUGCUGCAAGUGCAGGAUUCACCAAUUCAGCUCAUAUGUUUUAACAUCAAAUAAUAAUCGUUGGUUCUACUUUCAGCCAA